UCUUAGAGGAAAUUGCCGCUAUUUUCUGGGCAUCAGGCCCAAUUUCUGCUUCGUUCUGUCUGAGUCCACACCACAUCCUGGAUGCUGCACCCGAAGAUGGAGCCUGUGAGGAGGAGCACAUCCAGACCCGGAGGAACCUCCUUGUGCUUGCCGUGGUGUUCCCACCCAGCACCAGCCCACCUGUGAGAUUUUCAGCCUCCACACGCACAGCAGGCAGCGCCGGCAGGAUCGCGGCCGUGCGAGCGCCGGGGCUGGCAGCAGCAGCAUGCGUGCGGCCGCCGAGGCUCAGGGCGCGACAACCACGUAAGGGACCGGCCCGAGCCUCCCUCCUCGCCCUCCUCCGCAUCCUCCCCGCCGGCAGAAACUUCCCUCUCCCGCACGGCUUCUCCGGCGGAGCUUGGCAGCCACAGCCGCAUGCAUGACACUCCGAAAAGGAGAGAAAAUGACCAUAAGUAUCCAGGAGCACAUGGCCAUUGACGUCUGCCCCGGGCCCAUCAAACCCAUCAAGCAGAUCUCCGACUACUUCCCCCGCUUCCCCCGCGGGCUCCCCGCCGCCGUCGGCCGCAGCAGCGGCGCGCUGCGCCCCGCGCUCAGCCAGCCCUCGGUCAGCCCCGCCGAGGCGCCCCGAGAGGAUGAUGAAGAUGUGGAUCAGCUCUUCGGAGCCCACGGAACGACGCCCGCCGAGCAGCCGGCCAAGAGCCAAGCGCCCGAGGAGGCGGUGGACCCCGAGGGCUACGAGUCCGACGAUUGCACCACGCUGGGGACGCUGGAUUUCAGUUUGCUCUACGAUCAGGAGAACAACGCUCUCCACUGCACCAUCAACAAAGCCAAGGGCCUGAAGCCAAUGGACCACAAUGGUUUGGCUGAUCCUUACGUCAAGCUGCACUUGCUCCCCGGAGCCAGCAAGGCAAACAAGCUGAGAACCAAAACGCUGCGCAACACCCUGAACCCCACCUGGAACGAGACCCUCACCUACUACGGCAUCACCGACGAGGACAUGAUCCGCAAGACGCUGCGGAUCUCGGUGUGUGACGAGGACAAGUUCCGCCACAACGAGUUCAUCGGCGAGACGCGCAUCCCGCUGAAGAAACUGAAGCCCAACCAGACCAAAAACUUCAACAUCUGCCUGGAGAAGCAGCUGCCGAUAGAUAAAACAGAGGACAAGUCGCUGGAGGAGCGUGGCAGGAUCCUCAUCUCGCUCAAGUACAUCUCGCAGAAGCAGGGGCUGCAGGUGGGCAUCCUGCGCUGCGCCCACCUGGCUGCCAUGGACGCCAAUGGCUACUCCGACCCCUACGUCAAAAUUUACUUGAAACCAGACGAGGACAAGAAAUCCAAGCACAAGACAGCAGUGAAGAAGAAAACGCUGAACCCCGAGUUCAAUGAGGAGUUUUUCUAUGAGAUAAAGCACGGGGACCUGGCAAAGAAGACCUUAGAAGUCACCGUGUGGGACUAUGAUAUCGGGAAAUCCAACGAUUUCAUAGGCGGAGUCGUGUUAGGAAUUAAUGCCAAAGGGGAGCGGCUGAAGCACUGGUUCGACUGCCUGAAAAACAAGGACAAGAAAAUCGAGCGCUGGCACACGCUGACCAACGAGCUGCCGGGCGCCGUCCUCAGCGACUGAGCCCCGCGGGGCCACAGCUCCACAUCUUGGGGCUCCUCCUGGCUCUGGACACGGGGGAUCCCAGGACAGCCAAGACACCCCAGGGCAGGGCCUGGCUGCGGGGAAGCCCUUCCCAGGGGAGAAGGCACAGGCGGUUCGCUCUGGCAAGGCUUUUCCGGAGCGCCUCUUUCACGCCCUGCCGCGCUGGCGGCCCCGCUCGCGGGCGUGCCCGUGCACCCUCACACUCACACACACACGCAGGUGUGCACCCCUGCAUGCACUGCAGCCUGGCUCCUCUCCCAAAUCCUGGCUGUACUCCGUUACCUUCUCG